AUGGAAACCCCGUCUGCAGCAGAUGUGCAAGGCAGUCUUUCGCCCAGAACCGCAUCCAACGAGCGAACCAGGGACCCCCGGAGCCCCGGAAGCCUUCAGAUACGACAACAGAGUGUCUCCCAAUCGCCCAGAGGCACUACGCCGGAAACAGACCCAAACGCAACUGUUUUAAAAGAGGAACCUCUCACACCUGUGUAUACCGCUACAAGGCCAGUUAUGACCGGGCAAACUGUCCCAAAACUCCCCGUUCUCACCAAUGAGAAUGCACUGGGCUCUGUGACUCUGGAUGACCCCCUUGCAGAUUCGCAGGAUCAGGCAGAUGACCGGGUGCAGGCGUAUGCCAUGCUGGACUUUGCUGAGUUCACGUUCUAUGUUCAGACAAUGCAAGUGCUACUAGGUCGGUUGGUAGACGGAGACACCUCAACGGAAGCUCUAGAUAUUCACCUUGGACCUACGAAGGCGAUUUCCCGGAAACAUGCGCGAAUUUUUUACAAUUUUGGAACCCAAAGAUUUGAACUUUCUGUGCUGGGUCGAAACGGAGCGUUCGUGGACGACGUCUUCGUCGAAACGGGGGUUACUUUGCCACUGAAGAACAGAACACGUAUUCAAAUCGGUGAGAUUCACUUUCGCUUCGUUUUGCCUGCAGAAGAGACCUUUCCACGGCGGAUUGAGGCAUUAGCCAAGCCGAUCAACGCUACCGAUGCUGUCAACCUCAAAGCUGCACUGUACAACACGCCCACCUCCAAAUCGCGGAGCAACUCGGCAGUGGAGAUCAAGGAUGAGGUGGAACGGUCUCCGACACCAAAAGUGCCACUUUUGACGCCCAUUCCGCCAUAUAGACAUGCUCCACAACCCCAGGCCCAGUACACCACGGCAUCGCAGCUUGCCGCGCUACAGGAGGCUGCACGCAAGAAGGAAAAGGCCAAAAAACAGGCCAAACCGGUCAAGAAAGUUUACACUCUCGAGGAAAUUCCGGUAGAGUUCCGGGCGAAGCCUGCAUGCUCGUAUUCCACCCUAAUAGAGUCCUGUCUCAGGGCUAGAGGUACAGAAAAGGGCAUGUCCCUGAGCGAGAUCUACCGCGGAAUUCAGGACUUAUAUCCAUACUACAAAUACUGUUCGGAUGGAUGGCAGAGUUCUGUUCGUCAUAACUUAUCGCUGAACAAAUCGUUUAAAAAGGUUUCGAAGGAGGGCAAGGGCUGGCUGUGGGGCUUGGAUGAAGAGUACUGUGCUGAGAGAGAUAAGGUGAAGACGAGAGCCUCGGUUCCAACCCCGGCUCCAAACCCAGUUCCGACCCAAUCGCAGCAGUCUGCUGGUAAAACGGAGUUGGAGCCGAUGAUUCCUCCGCUUUCUCAGCAGUCGGUCGUCCCUCAGACUCAACCACAGCCAACUCUCCGUGCUGACUCCACUCCCGCGCCAGGGACUCUUUCGGCGGCCUCGUUGCAGUCAGCCAUGGCAGCCCGGGGAAAGAGUAUUGCCGAGUUGGCGAGCGAGAUCAAGCGCGAGACCCCAAAACCCCAACCCAGUACCAGUAUCCAGGCCCAAUUGGCGGCCAACCGCGCUCAGUAUGCCAAAAGUCAGCCCUCAACACGCGAGACAUCGUCAAGCCCGCAGCCGGGUAGUUCAGUGUCUCCUCCAGCCGCUUCCGGGACUGUUCCGGUGGCACCGACCAAUCCGAAGGGCCUUUCCGGUGACACCAUGAAGGCCCUUGGGUAUCUCCAACAGGAGCUGAUAAAGCUCACGAAAGAUCGUAAGAUGAACGACAAACAGACAACGACAGCUAUCCUGACCCAGGCGUUGGCCAUGACUAUCGCACAGGUCAAUCAAGCCGCACGUAAUGCCGGGAUUCAAGGCAAUCCGCUGGCUUCGUUGAUAGAAAAGAACCCUCAGCAUGUUACCAAGAUUUUGACAGCUGCAUUGAACGCUGCAACAGCCCAGGUCAUGAAAGGAAAGCCUCAGCCUCAUAAGGCUGCGCAGGCACCUGCACCAGCUGCUACUCCGGUUGCGGCUCCAGUCCCUGUUCCACACCAGCAGCCCCAGACAGCCCGACCCGUUGCGCUAUCUCCAAAGCCUCAACCGGCCUCUGUGGCUGAGGCAAAGCCGCCAAUGGCUCCUAAUGCCAUUUCUCAGGGAAUACGAAAACCUCAGUACUACUCACGACCACCUAACGUUUCAGGGUCUGGUGCGGGACUCAAGAAACCUUCCGGGUUGAACCCGGUGAAACCACCGGUCAGCAUAGCACAGCCGUCUCCUCAGCCUCAACAGUCCAGACUACCGCCACAAGCAGAUCAGUCGGUUUCGGCUAGAGAUGCAGAGUUUGAUAAUUUGCUUAAGUCAAUUUCCAGAGAAGCCACUCCAGAUGACCGCGACACUCCUCCUAUGUCGGAGAAAGAGCUAGACGAUCUGCUAAACCAGCAUUCUAGUUUUGUUCGGGACGAGCAGGACGAGGGGGAUAUUAUGAUCACGGGAGAGGGACUCAAGAGGCCGCGAGAUGAUGAAGAGGACAUUUUGAUGGGUCUUGAAAAUAAAAUGGCCAAGGUUGAUUAA